AUGAGUAGUUUAAGUGAAAGAGUCAAGAACAUGAAGUUCAUGAGAUCUUCUGAUGAACAAGAAAAAUCAGAACCUACACCAAAACCUGUUUUGUCUGAUCCUUCUCAAUGGUCACUUUCAUCUAAAUCAUAUAAUGAUAUAGUUAAGAAAUCAUCUACCAAUACAAGUACUGUGGGUUUUGGAAGUAUAAGUACUUUUGAUGAAGACUCAGAUACUGAAGCACCUCCAAUACUCAAAAGAUCAUGGGGAGGCCAAACAACCCCCGUUACGGAACCACAACCUGAAGAAGUCAAACCAGCAUUCGAAAAAAGAAAACCUUUACCCAAAGCCAAACGUGUACAACAAGAUGAUGAUGACACUUUUAUGACAUCAGAUCCUACAGAAUUCUUGAAUAAUAUGUUCCCUUCCAAGAAAAGAGACCAACCUGAACCAGAAACUGAACCUCAAACUAAGAAUAAGAAACGGAAGAAGAAUAAGAAACAUUGA